UCCAAUGAGAGUGUGCUCGUGUGCGGAGGGUGGGAUUUCCACUGCUGUUUGUGUUUCUUUACCAAAGAAUGUGAGCCCGAAUGAUUCUCGGGGCUGUCCACUAACUUUAGCUCGUAGUUCGGCCAUGGAUCUGUAGUUGUUCGCGCUUAUUUUUCCAUUAACUGUAAUACUCCGGAUACCAAACUGGCGUCCUCACAUCUCCAACUAACACGCGCCAAUGAUCUCAUAGACCAGAUCAAGCUCAAAGUGUUUCCUGCGUGGCGUGGGGCUGAAGGAGGUCAUGGUUGGGGUUGGCCUCAGUGUGUGAGGUGGGAGUCUGGGGAAGGGAGCCUGUCCCGGAGCCUUGAGUGUACGCUGUGGUGCGUCCUGUAUCUGGGAGGAAGAGAGAGACUCAGACAGGCCUGUCAGAAAGGGAAGGGUGCGUUCCGGCUGCCUAUAGACAUGCUGAGUGUCAGACUUCCACAGCUCUUUGACUUCCACCAGGUGCCAAAGGUGUUUCGAGAGGAGAGCAUAAUGUCUGGAUACCGCCAUCCCAGAAGCUCAGCCCUGGACUGCAUUCUCAGCAGUUUCAGGAUGACCAAUGAGACGGUUAAUAUCUGGACCCACUUCCUGCCAACUUGGUACUUCCUGUGGCGAUUCAGUGUGCUGUGCUUCACCCUUGACUUCCUGUCUGAAAGCUACACCUGGCCACUGCUGGUCUAUAUGCUUCUCAUCUGCCUGUACCCCUUCACCUCCAGCUGUGCCCACACCUUCAGCACCAUGUCACCCGAGGCUCGCCACAUCUGCUACUUCUUCGACUACGGAGCUCUCAGCCUGUACAGUCUCGGCUGCGCCAUCGUGUAUGGAUCUUACGUGAUGCCCGACUGCUGGAUCAACAGUUGGCUUCACCAGUAUUUUGUGCCGAUUGCCGUCGGCAACACACUCUUUUGUACCAGCAUGUCCUGUUACUCCAGGUUUAUAGAGCUGCAGUUUCCACACAGAAGUAAAAUCAUGCGUACAGCUGCAUUUGUUGUUCCCUUCCUGUUUGAUAGCUUCCCUCUGUUCUACCGAAUGCUGUUGUGCUGUUGGGGGAGCUGUAGCCCCAGUGAAGCGCUGGGCAGCCACUCGGAUCAUCUGCUCUUUGCGUUUCUCACAUGUUUUCUGUUUGCUUCUCAUCUCCCUGAGAGACUGGCUCCAGGCCGCUUUGACUACAUCGGUCACAGUCACCAGCUCUUUCACAUAUGUGCGGUGGUGGGCACCCACUUCCAGUUGGAGGCAGUGUUAGCAGACAUGACAUCUCGCAAAGGGUGGCUAAUGUCCCACUCGACUUUACCUUCCUUUUUGGGUACAUUGGGAGCACUAACUCUGGGUGUCCUGCUCAACGUGGCUGUCAUCGGCAUCUUUAGCGCCAGUUUAUUGCAAAAACCCUGCCAACGCACUUCAGCCCCUAGUGCUGCCCACUCACAACAGGCACUUCCUGUGAGGAAGGAGGAGUAA